AUGCUCCAGCAGAAUGAGGCGACGUGGCUGAACCUGAUGAGGCUAGUCAUGAUCUCUGGAGCAGAGAAUCGUAAGCCAAACUUAAACCAAUGGCAUCCCUAUCGGUGGGAAGUCGUUGACCUGUCUCGUUGGCACAUUUCUCAGUCGAUUGUUUGUGUUUUCUCGUCGCAUACGAUCUUACCCCGGACGGCUAAAGCGAUAUCCACGCCUCGCGCGUCCCAUAUCGUGUGCAAGAUCGAUCGUGUGAUUCGUGUUGCAGCCCGAGGCCAUCAGUGCCCGUGCGUUGUGUCUAUUUCCACACGCAUAUCUCCCCGAUGCCCGGAUUCGUUCGUAGCCACUCUGCCACGGAGUUGGAUCGCCGCAAGGCUGUGGUCCGCUCUGUCCAAAGAUUGGCUGAAAGCAUUCCCUGGGAUAAUUUUGUCUCUCGAUAGGAAGCCGGACCGCGGGGCUGGUCCCGAUCGCGGUUCGGUGCCAAUAGGGCAAUUACAGUGUGUAUUUACCCUCUCACCCGCGUUUUUUUUGUUUUGGGUGCCUCGUGAUGAUACUCGGAUGAUGAGACCAAGCGAUUGGAAGAGCCGUAUGAUCCGCGUGAUUUCAACCUCAUUCGCCCUUACGGGUUUCAGUCACGGCGCCGCCCACUUUUCCCACGCCUUUUCAGCUGGGCCAUUUCCUCUGAACCCUCUCUUUCAUCUUACCGUUGGAGAGUUGGGUAUGAAAGGGUGGCGAGAUGAAAGGGCCGGCUACAAAUCCCCCCCUUCGAUGCUUCAUGGCAAAGGGGUCUACAACGGUCGGCAAAGCUCGCGCCGGCUCCUCGACGCCCGAACCGAACGUUCGUCACCCAAGUCCCCACUCUGA